AUGGAAUGCCAAAAAACAGUCAGAAAUUUCAAAUAUCUUUUCAGUUUUAUUAUUUUAUUUAUAUUAGCCGUAGAAUCAAGUCCGCCAGAGAUCUGUCGACCAGUAAAUGAAUCCGUGAAUUCCAAUCCUGAAAGCCCAAAAAAUCAACCAAAAAGAUUAAGAACAAUUCCCAAAACAGAAAAUAAACCAGGAGAUUACGAACCUCAAUGUAAAAUUCCCAAAUAUGACGACAACAAAUAUAGUAAUGAUAUUGAGAAGCACAAACAUAUCAAGACAAUAGUUAAAAAUUAUGACUUCAUUACCAGCCUUUUUGCUCAAGAAAAAGGUGAAACUUAUAAGGAAUAUGAAAAAACACUUUUAAAUGAAAUUUUAACGAAAGUUACAGACUCAUUUAAAGGUAUGACACCUGAAGAAAGCUAUCCAUUCAUAUUCUUUACGAUCAACACAAGUUAUGAAAAUAUGGCCGAAUUUAGGAAAGACAUGAUAGAAGCGUUGUUUUACAUUGAAGAAAACAUGAAGAAUGUGUCCUCGCUAUUCUUUGAACAGUUUGCCCAAGUUCUGGACAGUGUUUCGAUCUUAAGAAUUCUAGAUGAAAUUGAGGACAAACAAAGUGAAACUAAGAAUACAGCACCUAUAGAUUUAGAUGAUUUAAACUGGGAUGUAGACACGGACGAUGAAAUCGAGUUAUUAAGACAAAUUUCAAAAUCCACAAACAAUCCAGAAUCAAAUGAUAAUAUAGAAAAAUACGUUAAUAUUAAGGAUAAUACCAAUAAUAAUGAUGAUAAAUUAAAACCAAAGAUUGACACACCUAAUUCAGAAAGUAAAGAUAAUGUAAACAAGCCAUUAAUAGAUAAUUAUGGAUCUGAAAAGGAGGAAAGUAAUAAUUUAAACGCAGGUGAAUCUGGGAGUAAUUCCAGUAAUAAUGGAUUGAAUAUCGUAUUUUACUGGAAUCAACACCUGAAUCGAGUCCCUACGCUGUAUAAGCCGGCAGACUUUGGUGAACUGGGCAGUGUUUCUGAGGGAUUCAAGAGUUUUGCAAGAUUCAUAAAAGAGGGGUUUAUACCAAGUGUUCUGCCACUUAGAAGCAAACUGGCACAGGCCAUGACAGCGGCAGUAAUAAUAAUGCAGGAAUAUGGAAUCGUUGAUCUUUUGAUUGAACGAUGUAGAAUACAACCAAUGCAGAACAAAUUUCUAAUGAACACGCUUUUCGAGGCAAAUAUUAAAAAGAAUUUGUACGUUAAAGACACUAGAAUCCUGAAAAGAUUGCGCUUGGAUAAAUUAUUUGUGCUCAAUGAGUUUAAAAAAAUGAACGGAAAAGAAUACACAGGAUUUACGGGAGAAAAUGAAGAGUUAAUUGACGCAGCAAUUACAUUUUCAAGUAAACUGUUCCCAAGAAUAGACUUGAAACCCAGCGAAUGUGCAACUCAAGACACCCAGAAAAAACAAUGCUCAAAUAUAGUUGGUGGACAUGAAUAUUGUGUAGUGGAAGAAGAUGAAAUGGAAAAUUCAGAUCUUAAAGAUGUGUUGAAAAAAGGAAAGAUAGAUGUUUUGAUAUACUCUAGAGAUUUUGAUAAGUCUAUGAGUUUUGAUUCUUUUUAUUCCAAGGAGUUUUAUCACAGGCUAUUACUUGUGGCAACUGAGUUAAUAAGGCGUAAAUACUGUAUUUUUGAUUCAAGGGAAAUUAUAAUUGAGUAUAAACGAUCCAUUAAUCCAAUGGAGGAUUUGAUUAAUAAAAAGGGACACAUGACUGGACUUAACUUCAUGGUUCAGGACACUUACCCCUCAAGGUUGCUCUUUGGUAGUCAAACAGUGAAACUUGGAGUCCCACUGCUCUCACACAAUAGUUUUGUUGUGGUCAACAAGAAAUUUAAAGUUAGAAAUUUGGACGACUGGUACCAUUACAUUAAUAGAAAAGACCAUGAGAGUAAGGUUAUUCUGACCAAUUUCUCCGAAGGGUGUUUUUUGUUUUCAAAUGCUCUGGACUUCAAUAUCUUGUUAAAUCCCCUGAACGGCGCCACAGAAGUUUUAAAUGCUAUGGAUAAGCACAAUCCCGUUGCGGGAGUGUUUUGGGGAAUUUACCCUCCUGAAUCGGGCCAUUUAAAGUAUGACUUCAUCCAGUUUCCCUACAAUAUUAAACAGGGUCCUAGAUUUAGGGAACAUUAA